AUGGACAACUUUGAUCUUCCAAGGGGUAGUGUGCACCGGCCGGGGCGGACAUCAUGGGUUGUGGGGGCAUCGUACGUCUUCGACUGGGUUGUCCUCGCGGCCUUCGGAGCUGUUGGCUAUGUCCUUGGCCACAUUACGCCGAACAAGAGGCCCUUCUCGCUUGAUGAUCGCAACAUUGCUUUCCCGUUCACCGAGGAAGAAACGGUACCUGCGUGGCUCGCGACAAUCAUCUCCGUCUUUGGGCCCAUAGUAUUCAUCACCAUCAUCUCCCUCGUCUUCGUUCCCGGCGCGACAGUGCCCCGUGGCACGCCUUCGAGGUUGAUAUGGCAGCGCAGACUUUGGGAGUUGCACAUUGGCCUUCUGGGUCUGGCCUUGUCCAUGUGCGCUUCUUGGUUCAUCACCAACGCCAUGAAAAAUCUGUUCGGAAAGCCUCGUCCUGAUCUGCUGUCGCGAUGCCAGCCCGACCUGGAGAAUCUGAACAAGUAUCUGAUCAGUGCGACGAAGACUUUUGGGGAUAUAGCGACCAUGGCCGGCAAGCUUGUCGAUCCUUCGAUUUGCAAGAAUCCAGACAAAUCAAAGCUGGAUGACGGGUUCAGAAGCUAUCCUAGUGGCCAUUCUAGCUCCGCUGCUGCAGGUCUGAUCUACCUCUCCCUCUUCAUCGCGAGCAAGUUCGCCAUCACGAUCCCCUUCGUUCCUCCGAGCGGGGCCACCGAUGCAGCCGCCUUCACAGCUUUUCCUUCGCGCACCCGACUCCCGAAUAUCAAGGUCUCAGCCCCCGACUCCUACGAAAUGACCUCGCGCGACCCUACAACCCAUACCAACUCUUCGCUUGAGUCCAACCCGGGCCCCAAGGGCGUUUCACGCCAUAACCAGACCAUCUUCGCCGUCCGUCGCCAAGCCGCCGCGCCACCCAUCUACCUGCUCGUGCUGGCCGUGCUGCCCUUCUUCGCAUCCGUAUACAUUGCCGGCUCACGCUGGUGGGACUUUCGUCACCAUGCCUUCGAUAUCCUAUUCGGGUAUGGCAUCGGCACUAUUAGCGCUUUCUUCGCCUUCUACUACUAUCAUUUACCCAUCUCGACGGGCGCUGGUUGGGCCUGGGGUCCACGCAGCGCCGAAAAAGCGUUCUGGGCUGGUGUUGGCAGCUCGAGCUAUGCCACGGACCAUUUGCGUGGAGAGUACCGGAGAGGCGACGAAGAGGAGGCUCUGCCCGUUGUGGCGACCCAUGAACACGAGCAGCGUGACCGCCGUGACGCAGAGAGGGAUCCGGCUCCAUUUGUGACCCGUGACACAGGGCUCAGCACUGCCUCGUCGGUUGCCAUGAGCAUGCCCGGGUCACGGAAGCCAACACUGGAGUUAGAUAGCCGAGAAACAAGUUAUAGGGGAGCCGGUGAUAGGAUUUGA